AUGUCGUGGUGUAUAAAACAUCCUGAAUAUUCAAAAGAAAAUGAUAGGAUCAACUCGUACAUACACGCCCGAACGAGAAGUUUUGUUAGCGAAUGUAGAAUCGAACUCGCUGAAGCAGGAUUCUUCUACGCAGGAAAAAAGGACCAAACGAUUUGUUUUUACUGCGGUGGUGGACUACACCAUUGGCAAGAUAUCGAUGAUCCUUGGGAAGAACACGCGAAAUGGUUUCCCAAGUGUCCGUUCGUAUUGGUACACAAAGGACAAGAUUUCGUCAACGAAAUGAGAUCCAGAACCGAAAGAAACGCCCUACAAAAGAAAAGGAUUCCAACAAACAACAUUGCUGUACCCCCACCGAUAGAAGAAUCAAACAUCGAGUCAGCCCUAUGUAUCCACUACUCCCGCAUCAUUCUACAGAAUUCGAUGCUGGACCCACCUCUGCCCGAAGAUGGGAUCAACAUGGUCAACCUGAUGCUGAAAUCCAUAUCAACCUGA